AAGUACAGCUUUGGCCAUGGCAGCUCGCAGACUCUCCUCCUUGCUCUCUCGUUCUCUCUCUCUUCCUCCUGUUUAUGCUUCCCUUGGCAUAAAUUCUAGCUUGAGGAGAGGCACCUGCAGGUUUAGCACUGCUGCAGUCACAGAGGAACCAGUCACCCCACCUGUUCAGGUCAAUUAUACCCAGCUUCUGAUCGAUGGCAAAUUUGUGGAUUCAGCAUCUGGUAGUGCUUUGUUCGGACAUUGCAUUGCAUUGUCCAAUUGAUUACGCUGUUACUGCAUAAGGUAAAUUAGUGCAUAUCUAAAUUUGAAUUGAUGUUGGAAUUUAUGUUGGUGCACGGGAUAAUUCCUGCAAUGCGAUCCCUUGAUUGGCAAGCCUGAAAAGACGGGGUUAGAAGAAAGGGGGUCAGGCGUGAGCCCGGCGGAUCCCCUCCGAAGCUUAAGUCAGUAAAGAUCGAAGAGCUGUUUCUUAGUAGAUGUGCUCUGGUUUGAUUUUGCGUACUUUUAUCCAUUUUUCUUAGGGAUAUUUAUACCUGAAUUAGCAAUGAUUGCUCUAGAUCUUCAGUCUCAUCUGGACAUCUCACAUCUGACACCAUCCCUCGUGCUGUGAAUGCUUCCCUUUUACGCCUCCUCCAAUUGAAUGUCAGGGGAAUGGUGUAAGUGCUCGGCCACAAGCCGAGCAUUUAUACUACGAGUCGAGCAGCCCAAUCCAAGAGGUUGGCGUCUGACACCGACAGAGCACGGACAGCUCAGCGGAUCAGGGAACUCAGGAGAACAAAUCGCGUUGUUUCGGCGCAUCAGUCAUUAAUACUCCAGCCAUCAUGACAGUAGGCAUAGACUUGCAGAUAGCAAUUGGCGGCAGGCUCGCAUUUAUUUGUCCUGUCACCAUCACUCAUUUCGCCAUAAAUACGAGGUCACAUCGUUUUGAUUAUAAUGCCAGCUGUUGUACUCAGCUGCUCUGUCGCCAUGCCUCGGCUCACCCCUUCGGCAUCUUCCAGACAUCCUAAUGACUUUAUUAGGACACGUGUCACCCUAGGGGUUGAGGAUCCAUACAGGAGGCCCGCCAGUUGGUUUCAGAAAAAACAUUUCCAACGUUGGACCCUCGGACUGGGGAGGUGAUUGCCCAUGUUGCUGAAGGUGAUGCAGAGGAUAUCAAUUGUGCGGUGUCUGCUGCCCGGAAGGCGUUUGAUGAGGGACCGUGGCUGAAAAUGACCGCUUAUGAAAGGUCACGGAUAAUUUUGCGAUUUGCUGAUUUGCUUGAGAAACACAUUGAUGAGAUUGCAGCUCUUGAGACAUGGGAUAAUGGAAAGCCUUAUGAACAAGCUGCCAAAAUCAAAUUGCCUAUAAUUGUGCGUAUAUUUCACUAUUAUGCUGGUUGGGCAGAUAAAUUACAUGGAUUGACAGUUCCUGCUGAUGGACCAUACCAUGUGCAGACUUUGCAUGAACCAAUUGGUGUAGCAGGACAGAUCAUUCCAUGGAACUUUCCUCUCGCUAUGUUUGCUUGGAAAGUUGGCCCUGCACUUGCAUGUGGCAAUACUGUUGUCCUAAAGAGUGCAGAGCAAACGCCCUUGACUGCUCUGUAUGCAGCAAAGCUCUUCCAUGAGGCCGGUCUUCCUCCUGGUGUUCUAAAUAUAGUUUCUGGCUAUGGUCCAACUGCUGGUGCGGCUCUUGCUAGUCAUAUGGAUGUGGACAAGCUUGCUUUCACAGGAUCAACUGAUACAGGCAACAUUGUACUCGAAUUGGUGGCAAGAAGCAAUCUCAAGCCUGUGACAUUAGAGCUUGGAGGGAAGUCACCUUUCAUUGUAUGCGAGGAUGCUGACAUUGGUACGGCUGUGGAACUUGCACAUUUUGCUCUUUUCUUUAAUCAGGGGCAAUGUUGCUGUGCUGGUUCUCGUACAUACAUACAAGAACGUGUGUACAAUGAGUUUAUUGAGAAAGCAAAGGCACGUGCUAUGAAACGUAUAGUGGGUGAUCCCUUCAAAAAGGGUGUGGAGCAAGGCCCUCAAGUGAGAUCUCUCUCUUUUCCCCACCUUCCCCGCCCCUCAAUACUUAAAAAUAUAUCCGAGGCACAAAAAGAACUAGAUUGGCAUGAAAUAGAUUCAGAGCAAUUUGAGAAGGUUCUCAGUUACGUAAGAUCUGGGAUUGAAAGCAAUGCUACUCUUGAAUGUGGAGGUGGACAACUAGGCUCCAAAGGCUUCUUUAUCCAACCCUCAUUUUUCUCAAAUGUUCAGGAUGAUAUGUUGAUAGCAAAGGAUGAAAUCUUUGGCCCAGUGCAGUCCAUCUUGAAAUUCAAGGACAUUGAUGAAGUGAUAAAAAGGGCAAACACAACACGCUACGGUCUAGCAGCAGGGGUUUUCACCAGCAACUUGGAUACUGCCAAUACCUUGACACGAGCACUAAAAGCCGGGACUGUGUGGGUUAAUUGCUUCGAUGUAUUCGAUGCUGCAAUUCCAUUUGGUGGGUACAAAAUGAGUGGUAUUGGCAGGGAAAAGGGUAUCUACAGCCUCCAUAACUACUUGCAGGUGAAAGCUGUUGUUACUCCUUUGAAGGAACCAGCAUGGCUAUAAAUCUUCUGCUUGUUCCACUUCUAUGUUUUGUCUCAGUGCCCGUAAUGAAUAAAGACAGCGCAGAACAUACAGGUCAGUUUGUAAUCAAAAUUGAAAGUAAUUUCUUAAAAUGGUAACUAUCUUGUUUGUGUACUAUGAUGUAUUUUUAUUAUACUUGCAAUGCAACAUUU